CUUCUAAAAUCCUUCUUACAGAAAUGAGGUUCCCCAUUAAUUAAUCUCAUUCUCACAACCAAAGCCACUCGUUCUCUUCUCUCUAUAUUUUCCCUCCUACUUUUCUGGACACAACCACCACAGCCUCUUCCUCGAGCUUUUCCAGGGGAAGAAGGUGUUUAUUUACAGUCGUGGCCGUCCAAGGUGUGUGUAGAUUUCAGAGGGUGGAGGAACAAGAUGGGGCUUUGGUCAUUGUUCCUCGUGGCUUCUGCACCGAUCAUGCAGGUCCUUCUCAUAGGGUUGCUGGGGGCCUAUCUUGCAUCAGGUUACAGUAAUACACUCCAUGCCACUGCUCGGAAAGACAUGAACAAGAUCGUGUUUACGGCCUUCACACCAUCUCUGAUGUUUGCUAGUCUAUCGAAAACUGUGACUCUCCAAGAAAUCAUAUCUUGGUGGUUCAUGCCUGUCAAUCUUGGGAUUAUAUUCCUAAUCGGAGGAAUCCUUGGUUGGAUUGUUGCCAAAAUCUUGAAGCCGCUGCGGCAUCUCGAAGGCCUUGUAAUGGCUACAUGUUCUUCAGGUAAUUUGGGCAAUCUGAUGCUGAUCAUCAUCCCAGCAGUUUGCUCGGAGAAAGGCAAUCCGUUCGGCGAUCAGGCGAUGUGCAGUGCUCGCGGCCUCUCCUAUGUUUCCUUCUCCAUGGCGCUUGGAGGCUUCUACAUCUGGACAUACACUUACGGUCUCAUCAAGAAAGAUGGUAAAGUGUUCCAUGGGAACCAAUCAGAACCCCAUAGAUUUACCAGUAACGAAGCUAAUGCCAUGAAGGAAGGUGGUCAAGGAGUCUCUACAACUCAAAACAUCCUUCCAGUGACAGCAAAAUCAGAGGAGGAAGUGGCAGAAACCCAACUUGGAACUCCAUUAUUAAACAGUGGCAGCGUUCCUGAUAAAGGAAUGAACAUAUGGAACAAAAUGAAAGAAUCUCUGCACAAUCUCGUUGAAGAAUUGUUGGCACCACCAACUCUUGCUGCGAUUAUAGGAUUCAUUGUUGGAGCAGUCCCAUGGUUGAAGUCUCUUUUCGUUGGUUCUAGUGCACCACUCAAAGUAGUUCAGGACUCCAUCAAAUUACUAGGAGAUGGCACAAUACCCUGCAUCACUCUCAUUCUUGGUGGAAACUUGACUAGGGGAAUACGCAAGUCUAGCAUUAAACCUAUGGUGAUCUUUGCGAUUGUUUGUGUUCGAUAUGUGAUCCUUCCGUCGAUCGGGAUCGCUAUUGUACAAGCAGCAUAUGAACUAGGAUUCGUGACAUACGACCCGUUGUAUCGUUAUGUGCUAAUGAUACAGUUUACUCUGCCACCAGCCAUGAACAUUGCUACAAUGAAUCAGUUAUUUGACGUUGGCCAAGAGGAGUCAUCUGUCAUCUUCCUAUGGACUUAUCUGAUUGCAGCAAUUGCAUUGACAUUCUGGUCUGCAGUAUUCAUGUGGAUCUUAUCUUAGAUUUGAUAUGCCUGUGUCUUUCCUCAUAAUAAAAGGAGGAAAAUUAUAUUUAAUUCAAUUCAUAAAGCUGAGAUCAGAGUUGAGGUGCCAAUUUAUAUUAUAUGAUUGAAGUGACACAGAUUGUCAGUUCAAUUUCAUACAAGGAACUCUCUUACUUGCUCAGGAAAUACUGCAUUGCUUGUAUUGCUAAUCCACAAACUCUUCUCAGGCAUGGUACUUCAUGGAAAGUAAUUUGAUAAAUAAUUUUCUCAAUUUGAACUUGCACUUAGGACUAGCAGAAAGAAGUACUUCCGUGACCAGAGCCAAAAAGAGGAAGCAUUUCCACAAAAUUAUACUACAUCCAGUCAACAAUUGCAGCUGCUGCAUUAGCUGUGCAACUGAUCAAUUUUUAGCAGCAACUGAGACAACUUGACUAUUCUAUUUUUCACAAAGAUAUCUACUGAACCAAUAUCAUCAGACAUGUUCAGUGUAACCCACUCCUAAAGAGGAGUCUCCCCUGAAGCUAAUGGAGACCCUAUUUAUCAUUUCUGCAAGCCAUGGAACUGUCAAAAGAGGUAAUACGUUGUUGAUCAGGUAAGAUGAGAUCUUCGUGGUUUAAAUUGUUUGGAGUGGAGUUUGACUGACACUUUGACUGAGGAGACCGGGCAUCAUUUUGUUGUGGUGUGUCAGGCGGCAUCUGUUGCUUCUGACUUCUGUCCUGCUCACCCCCACCAAUCUCUCUUCUCCUCCAUCACCCUCAUUAUUUCACCUAGUUGAUGCAUUCAAUCCAUCGCCAAUGAACAGAGAGCAACCACUCGCUGUCUCCACUUCAUUGCCCAUGCAACGUAUGCAUACACACAUCAUCAUAUUACUGCACUACCAAUCCAACCCUCUUUUAUAAUAGUUUAAACGUUAGAAUUCUUGAGGGAAUGAAAAUUAAGCUACUGUAGCUAAAGUGCCUGUGUAAAGCAGGAGCCUUAGAUGCAACUUUCUGCAGUCUUUGAUUCCAUUCACGCGAGGAGACUCUGAGUGCAGCAUCAACUUCCACUCCGAGGAAUUAUUCUCCACCUCUAAAGUGAGUACAUAUGAAAAAAUAAGGGAAAAGAGAAGGAUUUCAGAUGGCAUUUCAAAUCCACUGUUGGAGAGGAAGAAAAGGCCGUAAUGAUUCGGCAACAGUUGUCGUACAAUGGCUAAUUCACGAGCCUGUUUUCUACAUCAUUGUGGAGCAUGGAAAGGAGAAAGAAGAAAAGAAAUGAGCAGCCGCCGUUACCGUUUUCAUCGCAGUCGGUUUGCCGUUACAAGGACAACACGGGCGUAACGCGGAAUACGUGUCGGUGAGACACACGAGGACGAGACGCUGCAGCAGCGGCAGAGGGGCGAAAUGGGGAUUUCGGGCCUGACAGGGGUAUUUUCGGAAACAUAUUAUUUUGUGAUCUUAGGGAACCGGUCAAAUCUGGCCUUUGACCGGAACUACAACCAAUUGGAGCUCAGCCUGCCAGCUACUUUUCCAUCAGCAGACGCUCCGCUCUUUACCCGACCCGCGAAACUGGACCCCAUGAGCUCUAGCAGAUUAAAUUAGUGGGUUCUAAUGUUGUGAGUGGAAGUAACGGAGGAAGAUGAGCCGGGUCCAGCGAAUGACCGCCAGCUCCGUUAGAGUGUGACGAAAUUGACCGUGUAAGUGAAGAAGACGACAAAUCGAGCCGUCCCUUUCGCUGGAAGAGAUCUCCUGGUGCCUCUGUAAAUGAGCAUUUGGAUCAGGGGCACUUUUGUCCAACCGAAGCAACACGCUGACAGCCACGGAUCCCACUUUGACCGCAACAGUCGCCGUCUCGCCUUUUUCGCAGCAAAGAAACAAUAUAUUUAUUAUUGAAAAAUACAUUUGCGCCAUGUUAAUUAAUGUUUUUCAUUUUUAGAAAAUGGAAUUAAUAUUUUCCUUGGGAAUUAAAUGGUACGGCAGUGGUGGCCCAUCAAAGGUACGAAUCAAGUUGCGGGUAUCGAGUCACGUCAUUCGAAACGUGACAGAUAUUAAAAAAAUCGAUACCCUCUUUGUGGCCAUUUAUUUACAUCCGAACCCCUCAUGAUUCCAAGUCGGCGGCGUUCAAGAGCCGGUACGGUCCGGUUCACCGGUGAUCUCCGUUGCGCUGAUUGGCGACGAGGGAGUGGAUGGCGCUGGACAGGUCGUUGACGGCGGAGAUAAGGCCGGCGAAUUCCUGGCGCCUGAUCUCCGUCCGCUCUUCUUCCAGCCGGAGCCGCCGCUCCUCGAUCUCGACCAUCUCGCGGUGGCGCUGCUCCCGCUUCUCCUCGCAGGAUAGCAGCGUGCGGGCCAGCACCGUUGCGCUCCGUACCACGCUGGAACCCAGUCGCCGCCGCUUCGCCUCUGGCUCGGCUGUCCCCGCUCCGUCGUCGUUCUCCUCCGACUCCGACGAAUCCGACGACAUCUCCACUGCAUCAGGAGCAGCAACUAUUAAACGAUGUUGAGAAAAAUCGCUUCUAAAAGUUGGAACUUGAAAAAGACCGCAACUUUACGAAGAACAAUGAGAAUCAUUGAGCAAGAUCGAGCUGAAAUGAAGAUCGGAUUCGCAAUAGCAACACAAUGUAGCUUCAAACGCGCACCGAAACAUAUAAUCAAAGUGUAGCUUUAGACUAUCGUUCAUUUCAUUUUUAAUUCGAAAAUAUU